UGACUUUGCUCGACUGUCAUAGCAUCAGUGUCACUGCAAUGCAAAGGUGUUGCGAGAAAAACCAACAGAUUGAGAGUUUUGCGUGCAAUUCAAGGGCGUUGGACUAUUCGAAAUUUCUACAUCUGCUACCAAAUUUGAAGGAGCUCGGAUUAACUUAUGACUCCGAAAUGUUGGAAAAGAAUUUUCUACCAAUGUUGCAGUCACUACGCAAAUUGGCUCUGGACUGCGUCGAAAAUAUCAACAAGGUUCUACUGCCGAUAACGUUGAAUGGCAAUGUUAAUCUCGAAGAAUUGGAGCUGAGCAAUGUAGUGGUCGAUGAGAACACGUUCGAGAUACUGGCAAAAUUCAGUGAAUUACGACGAUUGAUAAUCAUUUCCAGACGCACAUGCAGCUUUCCCCCGACCUGUAUAUUCCCACCGAAACUACAAAGUAUUGUGCUGCAUAAGUUUUAUAUUUGUGAACGCCGAUUCGAUACACUGGUAGAGCAUUCAAUACCGGACCUUAAAUUUUCUGCUUGUAUUUAUGAAGGAGCAAUGGAUGAGUGGAUUGAGAAACGCAAUAAACGUGAACACCAAAAACUCCCCAUACAGUUGAUCAUUACUAAGGACCGCACUGAUGAGACCACUUCGACGAUAAACUUGAACAACUUCUCAGACUCUGAUUGCGCUUACAAUCGUAGCAGGCUUUCUUUCCCCGCUUUGAAUAGGAGUUGUCUUACUGACAUCGAACUGGAGGUUGACACGUACAACAACAAUGCGGUUAACCCUUUCCGAGCAAAACUUUUUAUGUUUGCUAGAGAAACUGGAAAAUUUUUGCGCAGCGCCUUGAUAUUGUACUCUGUUUACGUUGUAUUGAAGGACUUGUUUAAAUUUUGGCUGAAACUAUUCAACAGAGGAUGAAAUAGCAUCAACCACGACACCGGAUGCGAAUAUAGCAUCAACCACGACACCGGAUGCGAAUAGCUACACAACACGGUGCAUGCUAUUUGACAUCGGUGUCGAAUAGCCACUCAACACGUUGCAUGCUAUUUAAUACCGAUGUCGAUAUUUUGUCCGUUCAUCAACACAGUCCGGCCGCCAAAUUUAUUUCUGGUUCCCAAAAUUAGGUGUCGAAUAGCAUCAGCUGUGUUCUUCGA